AGAGAGGGCGAACUGUCAAGUUCUGUAGUUCACUGGGAUUUGUGGACACACACUUAUACCUGUUGCCAAGGAAGGAAGACAAUCUGUUCUUCUCAUUCCUCUUCUGCCUUCUGAAGAAGUAACUGUUAUUGUUUUGGAUCCUCUGUCUGAUGGUGGAUAUCUGAGAUUAUCUGAACACAGGGUGCCAGCCAUGGAGGUUGAGAUUCAGGAGCUGAAGCUACAGCUGAAGAGACAAUGCCUGCGGAACAAGGAGCUGGAGUUCCAAAUACAAGAGUUAGAAAAUCUUCUCAAAGAGAAAGACAAUCUAGUCCAGGAUUUACAAACCCGGUUUGGAGUUUUAGAUAUCCAUGAUGAGCAUUCAAGCACGGAGUGUGACCAUGAGGUACGGAACAGUCGCACAGCCGCCAUUGCCCCUGAGCCUCUCCAGGAAGACUGUGACAACUUAGCACAGAGGAUUCAAAAGUCUUCCAGUGAAACAAACCUAAUUGUGAAGGCCAUCUACCAGAAUGACUUUCUGAACCGCCUGGAUGAUGAACAGAUCAAUAUGAUGGUGGAGUGUCUGUGUGCAGCUGAGUGGAGUCAGGGAGAGACUGUUAUUAGAGAGGGGACAGAGGGCAACACCUUGUACAUUGUGGCAGCUGGGGAGCUCCGGGUAACCCAGGGUGGCCGUGUUCUGCGCACCCUGUCCCAAGGGGAUGUCUUCGGGGAGCUGGCCAUUCUCUACAACUGUAAACGUACAGCCACUGUCACAGCUAUCACAAAUGUCCAGCUCUGGUGUAUUGAAAGGCAGACAUAUCGAGCAAUCAUGACAAACAAAUCGAAAAGAAAACGGGAGCAGAUCAUGGGCUUCCUCAAGACUGCCAGAAUACUAAAGCGACUCUCUGAUGCCCAGCUCUCAAAGAUCAUUGACUCCAUGGAUGAGUGUAAAUUCCAAAGCAAGGAGGUCAUUGUUCGUGAGGCAACAGAGGGAAAAACCUUUUUUAUAAUCCUGAAAGGAGAGGUGCGAGUUACAAAACAGUUAAACGGACAAGAUAGAGAGAUUCGGAUUCUAGGGGAAGGGGAUCACUUUGGGGAGCUGGCUCUCAUAAGGGCAAUCUGCCGAACUGCGACAUGCACUGCAAUGGGCCCUGUCACCUGCAUCUCCAUUGAUAAAGAGGUUUUUGAAGAAACCAUUCCAUUUGAGAACAUAGAACUGCCUGAUGAUUAUGAUAUAUUUGACAAGGCUUUGUUGGCUUACACAAAGAGUGGUGUUUUCACUAACAACUCCAGAGUUUGUAUCCCAUCACGGCUUGAAGAACUGGUGCCAGUUCUCUACCAGGAGGGCCAAUACCAGGGAGAACCGGUCACACUGGGAGUGGGGGGCUUUGGUCGGGUCAAACUGGUUACAACUCUCCAGAACAAACACUACUUUGCCCUGAAGCAAAUCAGUAAGAAGCACAUUGUCUCCAAGCAACAACAGGAGCAUGUCAUGCUGGAGAGACGUAUUCUCCAGGAAGUCCAAUGCAACUUCAUUGUCAGGCUGUAUACAGCAUUUAAGGACAGUAGAUACAUCUACAUGAUUCUGGAGUUCUGUCCAGGUGGGGAGUUGUGGACCAAACUUAGAGAGGCAAGGCGCUUUGAGGAGGUCAUAGCUGUCUUCUGUGCUGCCUGUGUGGUUGAGGCGUUUGCAUAUUUGCACAAGAAGUUGAUUAUUUACAGAGACCUUAAGCCAGAGAAUUUAAUGUUGGACCAGCAUGGAUACAUCAAGCUGGUAGAUUUUGGAUUUGCAAAGGAGUUAACGCGAGGGGUGAAGACAUAUUCUUUCUGCGGCACACCAGAGUACCUGGCGCCAGAGAUCAUACAGAAUGAGGGACACGACUUUGCUGCGGAUUUCUGGUCGCUGGGGAUCCUGGUCUAUGAGCUGCUGUCAGGCAGCCCCCCCUUCUCCAGCUCCGACCCCCAGAAGGUCUACAGUAAGAUUCUGGAUGGGAUCAUUAAAUUUCCUCACUACAUGGGAGAGGGAGCUAGGUCUCUCAUCAGCAAACUCUGUAGGCAACGACCAGGUCAAAGGUUAGGAAACACCAAAAAUGGAAUAAAGGACAUCAGAAACCACAGGUGGUUCAGCAAGAUAAACUGGCAGAAACUGCAGGCUGGACAGAUAGAGGCACCCACAAUACCACUGAUACGAAUGGGAUCACCGUACAUAAAUUUUGACAGAUUUCCACCUGAAAUAACAAAAGCAGAGGAGGAAUUCUCUGGCUGGGAUAAGGAUUUCUAAACUCUUUUGUCUUCAGGAGAUUCCAUGCUAAAAAGCAAGGGAAUGCAAGCUUGUGGUGUUUACGUGAAGACAUACAGGGCAGACUGGACAGUUAGCUUCCUGAACAUGCUCAUCUUUGAUAUCUGGCAUGUAAUAUCUAGAAAUGGAUACAUCAAUCAGCAGUUUUUUUUUUUACCCAUUUAAAUUAGGACCUGUGUUUCUAACUUAUAUUUGGUUAUCAUUUGCUUGGCAAACCAGAACCCAGCUGGGAUUGGAACAGGUUCAUAUUUGACUGUGAAACACACCUUACCUGUUACCAAACAAAAGCAGAUUGGUGUUAAGACACAUUUCGAGUGGGAUUGACUAGAAAGCGAUUUGAAAUCAAACUCGUUCAUUUCCAUCAGCAGCAGACCACAAUCAAAUCAAUUUCAAUUGGCACUCUUUAUCAGCCUGUGGCGGGGUGCCCCGCCCCUGUGCGUAUUUUUGUGUUUUAUGUUGUAUGUAGUGUGUUAUUGUUGGUGUAUAUAUAUUGGUGCAUGGGGUAUAAAUUGGGCUAUGUAGCACGAGUGUUCUAAAAAUGUAUAUUUUUAUUUAGGAACAGGAAUUGCACAAUCACUUCACAUGCAGAUGAAAUGUGUAUUAAUAUGUGGGCACGGGGAUUGCACAAAUCAAUUCACGUGCUGGGAUUCAAGUGAAUGAUUAUAGUAAUUAAAUCCCGGCACAGUUGUAUAUAUAGAUGCACGAAUCACUCAGGGUUGGGUGUUCGGUGAGGAGAAAAAUGAAUAGGAGAGGCAAGGCGAGACAGCAGAGAGUAAACUUUAAAAUAGAAAAUAACAAUUGGACCCUCACAAUACUUGUUUCUGUUUGUCUCACUGUGUUUGUUUAGUGCCGUUUGUUUUGUGUAUCAAUGUUUGUGUUUGUUCAAAGCUUUAUUUUGUUCCUUUAUUAAAACGCAAAAGCAACGCGUUCAUAUUUCAUUCACAGUGCUGUGUGUUUCUUCCGGGUCUGACAUCACCACACAACACAGCCCCAGUUAGCAUUGAUGGCUGGCAAAACUCAAUCUCAAAAAUUUGCGCUAAUUGUGGAAAUCACCUAAUGAGUGUCCAAUGUGAACGACUCUCUGACUGCAGAAAAAGAAAAUUGGAACUCGAUGAGAUUGAGGUUUACAGGCUGAUUACAUGGUGGAGAUGAAAUGCACACUGUAGUUUAACUGCACUCUGUUUAACUAUAACUACUUUAGGAUGGCAUUGUAUUAAUUUAGGAAUUAUGUUGCAAUGCUGUCAUAGCUUACUGUACUGCUGUAAUGGGUUGAGCCACUGUAUAAUUUUAAAUCUGUGCAUUGAAUGUGUAGAAAUUAGAAAUGUAUUUUUUAAUACUUUGAGUCUAUAUGCAAUAUAUUGUGAAAUUAAAAAGCAAUCCCAACACAAUGUUGCAAUUUAAUUGUUACAUAAGUGCGAGUUUAUAUACUGGUUUGUGUUUAGUUUAUUGUCCCCUUGAGGGGGGCUUAAAUGUUUUUGUUAAGCAUACAUCACUUCUACUUCAACUUCAAAAAUCUCAUGAACCAUUCAAACUUUUUUAGUGUAAUGGAAACUCUUUUUUACCUGUCAUCUUGGGAUUAUGUGACGACUUGGUUGCCAGUCUUAACAAUCAGAGAUAUUGUCUUCAUGUUCAGUACAGUAUUCUCUAGGUCAGGUUCAGUCAUACAAGAAAACUAACCUUUGUUGUCAGUAAUUUUACAAAGCUACAGCCUUCAUAUAAACUAUUUGAGUUAGUCACUUCAUGAUAAAUGUUUAUAGACCAUUACAUUGGCUACUGAACCAAUAUGGCUACAAUAUGAAGGUCAUGUGACUUUUGAAGUUCUGGUUGUAUAUAUACAGCAUACUUUGAGUUAUUGUCUUCACAGUCACUCAGUUAAAGUUCCACAAAGCUGUUCCAUUACUGGUGCUGUCUAAUAAUACAAAACAUCUGUUUCACUACAAUGUUGUUUCAACCUCUAGCUAUAUCAAUGAUACAAUACGCUACAAUACAAUACAAAUUUUUAUAUGGCGCCCUUCACAUCAUGGCAUCCCAGAGCGCUGUACAAAGUUAAAAAACAAAACAAAAUAGCUGAAAUAUACAGUACACUCCAGUUACAACCAAUUAUAUAAAAGCACAUUAAAAAAAAAGUAUGUUUUCAAUUUAGACUUAAAAGAAUCCAAUGUUUCAACCUGCUAAUGGUAACCAGAAUAGAGUUCCUGAGGCGUACAACAGCAAAAAGCUCCAGCUCCACUUGAUUUAAGACGACUUUUUGGAACAACUAUAUUUAAUAAUCUUUGUUAAAAUGUCUUUAUAUUUUAUUGCUGUAUAAACUUUAAAACAAAACAUUUUAAUUUUAGAACAUAAGAACAUAAGGAAGUUUACAAACGAGAUAAGGCCAUUCAGCCCAUCUUGCUCGUUUGGUUAUUAGUAGCUUAUUGAUCCCAGAAUCUCAUCAAGCAGUUUCUUGAAGGAUCCCAGGGUGUCAGCUUCAACAACAUUACUGGGGAGUUGGUUCCAAACCCUCACAAUUCUCUAGAUAACUUUUUUUGGAUUAAUCUGUCUUCACUUAAGUCUGUGUGCUGAUUUGACCCACCAUCUCCAAGAUUCUGUUUAUGCUUGGGAUAUAGCUUAAACUUUUUACUGUCAUGAUAAAAGAAAAACUACAGGUUUCUGAUUAAAUGAAAUUGGAAUGUGUGGUUAAAGAAAGUGGUUAAAGAAAAGGGCUUGUAACCAGAAGAUCCCCGGUUCAAAUCCCACCUUAGUCACUGACUCUGUGUGACCCUGAGCAAGUCACUUAACCUCCUUGUGCUCCGUCUUUCGGGUGAGACGUAGUUGUAAGUGACUCUGCAGCUGAUGCAUAGUUCACACACCCUAGUCUCUGUAAGUCGCCUUGGAUAAAGGCGUCGCUAA